GCGGCGGCGGCGCGGGGCUGCUGGAGGCGGAGAGGCGCGGAGGAGCCGCGGCGGCUGCCGCCCUGAGAUUUGUAAGACUCCAGGGCCUUCCAGCCAUGAAUAAUCUGAUGGUUCCUGAAAUGACUGGGAGAACAGACGCUUCGUAUGCCAGUUGAAGAGUGUGUGUCUAUGUGCAUUUAAAACCUUCUUUCUGUACUUACACAUUCACACAGGAAGACAGGCUCAUUCUUGUGCACACUUGAGAGUUUUACAACCGAUUAAAAUUAAUUUAAGAAUCAGAUGGAGCAACUUGACACCACUGGGCUCAGGAGCCUGGGGAGGAAAAUACAUCACUAAUGGCCAAUUUUCCAUAUGGUCUGCACGGGUAAGAAAGUCUGCAAAAAGAAGAAAAAAAAAUUGCACAGAUUAAGCCACAAAAAUACCUCUCCAGCUUAAAGAAGGAACUAAGUGAGGAGAUGACCAAGAAAGAAGCGUGAUUUCAAACACUGCAGUGGCUCACACAGUGCUUAUUGCACUUUAUUUUUCAGUGGGUUUAGUGAUUUGGAUGGAUUAAAAUUCUGGACUGAAAAGUAACUCCUUCUGUGGUUAUGGCUAGAGGAAAGCAAGUUUGAGUAUGAUGGGACAAGUUUGAAUAAUGAACUGAUUAACUGCAUUUGAGAAAUUUUAAUUUAUUAUUUUUCCCUUUUUUCCUGCAUCUAUAGGAUAAUAUUGUAAAAUAGCAAUUGAAACCAAUAAUUAUGAAAUAAAUACCAAGGAAAAUCCAAGCAAAGCUUUAUUUUCCUUGGACUAGUGGUGUGGUAUUUGGAGACAGUCUCUGAAUGUGAACAGGAAAGCACCCAUCAGCAAAACACCAUCACUCUUUAGGGAAACAGUUGGGGGAAUCUGACUCUGGCUUCUGCUUUUGUUUUAAGGGAUUAUCUUCCCUGUCAAGUCCAAGAAGACUUGCAUAUGAGAAGAUGACCUGAUGGACUUAAUUCUAAGAUUAGCUUUUUUCAUCAAAAUGGAAAAAGACCUUUAGGAACAGAAAAGUGGGGUGCUAACUAGGGGAGCAAGAAGGGAGACUAGCAAAAAAGAUCUUUCAGUGUGGCUCUGUUUUGUCAGCAAGAGAAUCUAAGACUUAUCCAAGGCAAACACUGGUACCACUGUAAGAGUGCUGGAACAUUCUGCUUCUUGAGUGAAGGGGCCUUCUUGCAGCCUCUAUGGCACUGAGGGGUGCGCUGGCUAGUGGAGGAGCAGUCCGAUGGAACCCUGCGUUCCCUGGGGACACAGGGCCAAGCUUUGAGGUAGAAAGUUUCUGGUUCUGAAACAACGGGGAGGGAAUCUGUUUUUCUUCCUAAAAUUUGGACUGUUGUCUGCACAAACUCUGGUCUGUUUUGCACGGUUUGUGUGCCUUUUUUUCCCUUUAUGCAAUCUUUUUCAGCUUUAGCAGCAGAAAUUUGUCUAGUUCAGAAAACAUGCUAGAGGGUGGCUUCAGAAGGAAGAUGAUCCUGUGUAUUCUGUCCCUGCAUCCGAACUUUGAAGAGAAAAAUUUGAGCUAGAGGGAUUCUUAAAGCCUUAAGUUACUUGAAAUCUAUGUAUUUGCAACUCUUUGUCUCUGGAAUCAUAUUACACUAAACUGGAAUCUCAGGCUGAAUGAGAAUAACCAAGUGGAGUAAAAAGGAGGAGACAGUUUCUUGAUCACCACUUAAAUAAUGAUGCUCUUUCUCCAAAGGAUCAGCAUGUUCUUCCUCUGAGAACUUGAAAAUAAAAAUGGACCCCAUGUUUUUUUAAGCAUUACCUUUUCUUAGAAGACUGCCAUCAUCUUUUAUAGAGGAAUUUUUUCACUAUGCAUUUGGUGGAUCUUUAUAAAUACUGACCUUCUAAUUAGAUUCAGGUCAGUCUUAAUUAAAGGGGGAAAAAAAGCAACGCAAGCCAACCACAAAAAUGAAAUAUUUAUACCAAUGAAAGAAAUUGGUUUAAAUUUCACAGCAUUAGCAUUACUUUUUAAGUAAAACAGUUCAUUGAAGAAAGUAUGUAUGCAGCGGUGGAACAUGGGCCUGUGCUUUGCAGCGACUCCAACAUCCUGUGUUUGUCCUGGAAGGGGCGUGUCCCCAAGAGUGAGAAGGAGAAGCCUGUGUGCAGGAGGCGCUACUACGAGGAGGGCUGGCUGGCUACAGGCAACGGACGAGGAGUGGUUGGGGUGACUUUUACCUCUAGCCACUGUCGCAGGGACAGGAGUACUCCACAGAGGAUAAAUUUUAACCUCCGGGGCCACAAUAGCGAGGUCGUGCUGGUGAGGUGGAAUGAGCCCUACCAGAAACUGGCCACGUGCGAUGCGGACGGAGGCAUAUUCGUAUGGAUUCAGUACGAGGGCAGGUGGUCUGUGGAGCUGGUCAACGACCGUGGGGCACAGGUGAGUGAUUUCACGUGGAGCCAUGAUGGGACUCAAGCACUUAUUUCCUAUCGAGAUGGGUUUGUCCUGGUUGGUUCUGUCAGUGGACAAAGACACUGGUCAUCUGAAAUCAACUUGGAAAGUCAAAUUACGUGCGGCAUAUGGACUCCUGAUGACCAACAGGUGCUGUUUGGCACAGCCGAUGGGCAGGUGAUUGUCAUGGAUUGCCACGGCAGGAUGCUGGCCCACAUCCUCCUGCACGAGUCAGACGGCGUCCUCGGCAUGUCCUGGAACUACCCGAUCUUCCUGGUGGAGGACAGCAGCGAGAGCGACACGGACUCGGAUGACUACGCCCCUCCCCAAGAUGGUCCGGCAGCGUAUCCUAUCCCAGUGCAGAACAUCAAGCCUCUGCUCACCGUCAGCUUCACCUCGGGAGACAUCAGCUUAAUGAACAACUACGAUGACUUGUCUCCCACGGUCAUCCGCUCAGGGCUGAAAGAGGUGGUGGCCCAGUGGUGCACACAAGGGGACUUGCUGGCAGUUGCUGGGAUGGAACGGCAGGCCCAGCUUGGAGAGCUUCCCAAUGGUCCCCUUCUGAAGAGUGCCAUGGUCAAGUUCUACAAUGUUCGUGGGGAGCACAUCUUCACACUGGACACUCUUGUGCAGCGCCCCAUCAUCUCCAUCUGCUGGGGUCAUCGGGACUCGAGGCUGUUGAUGGCAUCGGGACCAGCCCUGUACGUGGUACGUGUGGAGCACCGGGUGUCCAGCCUGCAGCUGCUAUGCCAGCAGGCCAUCGCCAGCACCUUGCGUGAGGACAAGGAUGUCAGCAAGCUGACCCUGCCCCCCCGCCUCUGCUCCUACCUCUCCACUGCCUUCAUCCCCACCAUCAAGCCCCCAAUUCCAGAUCCUAACAACAUGAGAGACUUCGUCAGCUACCCCUCAGCCGGCAACGAGCGUCUCCACUGCACCAUGAAGCGCACAGAGGACGACCCGGAGGUGGGUGGCCCAUGCUACACACUCUACCUGGAGUACCUGGGCGGGCUCGUGCCCAUCCUCAAAGGGCGGCGUGUCAGCAAGCUGCGGCCGGAGUUCGUCAUCAUGGACCCGAGGACAGAUAGCAAACCAGAUGAAAUCUAUGGGAACAGCUUGAUUUCUACUGUGAUCGACAGCUGCAACUGCUCAGACUCCAGUGACAUUGAGCUGAGUGAUGACUGGGCUGCCAAGAAAUCUCCUAAAAUCUCCAGAGCUAGCAAAUCACCCAAACUCCCAAGGAUCAGCAUUGAGGCCCGCAAGUCCCCCAAGCUGCCCCGGGCUGCUCAGGAGCUCUCCCGGUCCCCGCGGUUGCCCCUGCGCAAGCCCUCUGUGGGCUCGCCCAGCCUGACUCGGAGAGAGUUUCCUUUUGAAGACAUCACUCAGCACAACUAUCUUGCUCAGGUCACGUCUAAUAUCUGGGGAACCAAAUUUAAGAUUGUGGGCUUGGCUGCUUUCCUGCCAACCAACCUCGGUGCAGUAAUCUAUAAAACCAGCCUCCUGCAUCUCCAGCCGCGGCAGAUGACCAUUUAUCUCCCAGAAGUUCGGAAAAUUUCCAUGGACUAUAUUAAUUUACCUGUCUUCAACCCAAAUGUUUUCAGUGAAGAUGAAGAUGAUUUACCAGUGACAGGAGCAUCUGGUGUCCCUGAGAACAGCCCACCCUGUACCGUGAACAUCCCUAUUGCACCGAUCCACAGCUCGGCUCAGGCUAUGUCCCCCACGCAGAGCAUAGGGCUGGUGCAGUCCCUACUGGCCAAUCAGAACGUGCAGCUAGAUGUCCUGACCAACCAGACGACAGCUGUAGGGGCAGCAGAACAUGCAGGUGACAGUGCCACCCAGUACCCAGUCUCCAACCGGUACUCCAACCCUGGACAGGUGAUUUUCGGAAGCGUGGAGAUGAGCCGCAUCAUUCAGAACCCCCCUCCACUGUCCCUGCCUCCCCCACCGCCGCAGGGGCCCAUGCAACUGUCCACGGUGGGCCAUGGAGACCGAGACCACGAACACCUGCAGAAGUCAGCCAAGGCCCUGCGGCCGCCACCGCAGCUGGCGGCUGAGGGGGACGCAGUGGUCUUUAGUGCCCCCCAGGAGGUCCAGGUGACAAAGAUGAACCCUCCACCCCCGUACCCAGGAACCAUCCCUGCCGCCCCCACCACAGCAGCACCCCCACCUCCUCUACCGCCCCCACAGCCCCCAGUGGAUGUGUGCUUGAAGAAGGGCGACUUCUCCCUCUACCCCACAUCAGUGCACUACCAGACGCCCCUGGGCUAUGAGAGGAUCACCACCUUCGACAGCAGCGGCAACGUGGAGGAGGUGUGCCGGCCUCGCACCCGGAUGCUGUGCUCCCAGAACACCUACACCCUCCCGGGGCCGGGCAGCUCCGCCACCUUGAGGCUCACAGCCACUGAGAAGAAGGUCCCCCAGCCCUGCACUAGUGCCACCCUGAACCGCCUGACCGUCCCUCGCUACUCCAUCCCCACCGGAGACCCACCCCCAUAUCCCGAAAUUGCCAACCAGCUUGCCCAGGGGCGUGGGGCUGCCCAGAGGUCCGACAAUAGCCUCAUCCACGCUACCCUGCGGAGGAACAACCGUGAGGCUGCACUCAAGAUGGCCCAGCUGGCCGACAGCCCGCGGGCCCCCCUGCAGCCCCUGGCCAAGCCCAAGGGCGGGUCCGGGGGGGUGGUGACACAGCUCCCAGCUCGGCCCCCACCUGCCCUGUACACCUGCAGCCAGUGCAGUGGCACAGGGCCUGGCUCGCAGCCCGGGGCUGCCUUGGCCCAUACUGCCAGCGCCUCCCCGUUGGCCUCGCAGUCCUCCUACAGCCUCCUGAGCCCGCCCGACAGCACCCGCGACCGCACCGACUACGUCAACUCUGCCUUCACAGAGGACGAGGCCCUGUCCCAGCACUGUCCACUUGAGAAGCCCCUGAGGCACCCCCCCCUGCCUGAAGCUGCUGUCACCCUGAAACGGCCACCCCCUUACCAGUGGGACUCGAUGCUGGGUGAGGACGUUUGGGUUCCUCAAGAAAGGACAGCACAGACUUCAGGGCCCAACCCCUUAAAACUGUCCCCUCUGAUGCUGAGUCAAGGCCAGCACCUGGACGUGUCUCGAGUGCCCUUCAUCUCCCCCAAGUCUCCCACCAGCCCCACUGCCACUUUCCAAACAGGCUAUGGGAUGGGAGUGCCGUAUCCAGGAAGCUAUAACAACCCCCCUUUGCCCGGAGUGCAGGCUCCCUGCUCUCCCAAAGACGCCCUGUCCCCAACACAGUUUGCACAACAGGAGCCUUCUGUGGUCCUUCAGCCGGUGUACCCACCCAGCCUCUCCUAUUGCACCCUGCCCCCCAUGUACCCAGGAAGCAGCACGUGCUCUAGUUUACAGCUGCCACCUGUCGCCUUGCACCCAUGGAGUUCCUACAGCGCCUGCCCACCCGUGCAGAACCUCCAGGGCACACUCCCCCCAAAGCCACACUUGGUGGUGGAGAAGCCCCUUGUGUCCCCACCACCUGCUGACCUCCAGAGCCACAUGGGCACAGAGGUGAUGGUAGAGACCACGGACAACUUCCAGGAAGUCCUCUCCCUGACUGAAAGCCCAGUCCCCCAGCGGACAGAAAAAUUUGGAAAGAAGAACCGGAAGCGCCUGGACAGCCGAGCAGAGGAAGGAAGUGUACAGGCCAUCACUGAGGGCAAAGUGAAGAAGGAGGCUAGGACUUUGAGUGACUUUAAUUCCCUUAUCUCCAGCCCACACCUGGGGAGAGAGAAGAAAAAAGUGAAGAGUCAGAAAGACCAAAUGAAGUCGAAGAAGUUGAAUAAGACAAACGAGUUCCAGGACAGCUCCGAGAGCGAGCCCGAGCUGUUCAUCAGCGGGGAUGAGCUCAUGAACCAGAGCCAGGGCAGCAGGAAGGGCUGGAAGAGCAAGCGUGCCCCGAGGGCUGCCGGUGAGCUGGAGGAGGCCAAGUGCCGGCGGGCCAGUGAGAAGGAGGACGGGCGGCUGGGCAGCCAAGGCUUCGUGUAUGUGAUGGCCAACAAGCAGCCGCUGUGGAACGAGGCCACCCAGGUCUACCAGCUGGACUUCGGGGGGCGGGUGACCCAGGAGUCCGCCAAGAACUUCCAGAUCGAGUUAGAGGGGCGGCAGGUGAUGCAGUUUGGACGGAUUGAUGGCAACGCAUACAUUCUAGACUUCCAGUACCCAUUCUCAGCCGUGCAGGCCUUCGCAGUCGCCCUGGCCAACGUGACUCAGCGCCUCAAAUGAACAGACAGUUGUGGGGAGGAGAGAGAUACAGAGAGCCUUUGGAAGAGGUCUUCGGAGAUGCCAGAGGAGCCCUCAGGGGGCCGGAUGCCUGGGAGGACCAGAAGCCAACAGCGAAACUGGAAGAGCCCAGCAGGCCCAGGAGAGGACGCUGACCUGUGGUCGUCGCUUAAUUGGUUGGGCUUUAUUACCUUUUAUUGUCUGUUCUUUUUUUCUUGUUUCAUUUCAGUGGCAUUUGGAAGUAAAGAGUGCCAGACACCUGAUAUUCCUUCAGGAAAUGUAGCUUGGCUGUGGUAAUGCUCCACUGGGCCCUUCAGAAUGAAGACAGACUGCCUUAUAGCCUGCUAUUCUUUUAGACAUAGGGAGGAUGCAUUAUUGUGCAUUCUGUACGACAUUUAGCCUUUGUUACUCCUCUGACGUCACCACUAGUGUAAAAGCAAAAAGCUUUUACAAAACACAGCCAAAAAUCCUGAAGAUACAGGUUCUUAGGGGACAGGGUGGGGAUGGCAUUUAAUUUAUGCUAAUUAUGUUACUCCCCAAAAGGUGACUUAAUUAACAAAGGGCGUUUGGGCAGAUGCACUGGGUUGGACUGACAAAGUAGGCUCUUAACGGGGGUUCUCACCAGGUAGAAAUGAGAUUUGUUCAUUGAGGAUGUUGGGGAGAGGACGAAGGUGAAGAAGACACUGUACAUGUGCACAGGUUCACAUCCCUCUGCAGACAGCGGUGUGACUCAGCGUGUGACCCGUAGCAGUGGUACAAGGGCUAUGCUCCUCUUCUGAGGUUGUUAUACAUUGAAAGACUCCACUAGUUUCAUCAUCUGUCAAAGUUACAUAGGAUCAGUGAUGAUCAUUCAGUAUGACUGGUUUUGGGAAAAGGUAAGAGACAAAAAUGGGAAGAUCCUGGCCUGUGGUCGUGGUAGCAGUUUUCUCAAAUAAUGUGGUGGGAGUCACUAGAUCCCCACAUGCUGAGAAGGCCUCUACUCUGUCUGCCCCUUUUAUUUUUUAAUCUGGAACACAUUUCUGUAAACAUGAUCUUUCCCGUUAGAUAUCCUGUUCUAGGCCUUCCUAUUCUAAAAGUGUGGACGACGCUUGAUUGGAAACCCCUCCUUUUGUCCUCUUGGCUACGUUAAAAUUCAGUUGACCACAAAUGCUUUCUAUCAAAUUAGAAAUGUAACAAAAACAAAUUUUAAGAAUUCACCAGGAAUUCACCAGGGUAUUAAAACCUUUGACAAAAUUUUCAUGAUCUUCUCUCACAAAAAAAAGUUGUUUAUUAACUGUACAGACUGUUUACUAAGGAACCAAGCCACUGAGAAAACACUGUUAAAAUUGUAGUACCUAGGUAGUUGGUUGAUCACACUUUGUUAAUUGUAAAAAAAAAAAAAAAAAAAAAAA